AUGUGUACGAUGUAGGAAUCCAGACAGAUUCGACUCACCUGUUCAGACUUCUCUACUUUAUUCUGUUAAGAAGACUAUUUUUUUCUCAUUUUCCUUCGUAGCAGCAUAGACGGGAUGAGACCUGAUGAGAUCGCACAAUGAAAGAACAGUCACCUAAGAAACGAUAUAGUCCUGGUGAGUUGUAAAACAGUUCACAUUUAGCAGUGACAUUAGUUCUAAUCUACUAAGAUAGGUUAUUAAUACAUUAAUUCUAAUCUACUAAGAUAGGUUAUAGCUAGCUAGAUCAACCAGGACGGUAGUAAGUUCAUAGCUGUUUUUGGUCUGAUUUGCAGAGAAAGGUCUUUAUUUUGAUUUUGUCAUUAUUGGAUAUAGUGAUACAUAAUCAGUAUGGCACGUGUGCAAAUGGUGCAUCAAUCUCACUCUGCACAAAUGUUUUUGGAGAAAGAUUUGAUACUGGAAAAACUGCCACCAUUACGCAGAGAAGACAGGAUUGCACAGGAUGUAUCCUCACCUUCCAGUUCCCGUUUAAGCACGCCAAGAGAGAGGGACAGAAGGAUGAAUUCCCCUAAAGACUGGGAGCAAGAUUACUCGUUCCGCAAAAACUGGCAUAAUCCAGAUGUCCAGAGGACGCAAAACUCUGCCACAGCCAGGCGCAAAACGGACUUCGAGAAGGAUUAUGACAUUUUCAUGGAGAAAUCUGAAAUGGACAGUAUUUUUCCUAUGAAGCCUGUGUGCCACAAGAGGGCAUUUAACCUGAACAACUGCCAAGCAGGCAACGACUAUUUUAAACAAAAUGACAGGAGGAGACUUGAUUACCCAUUCCCCUGUCAAUCUCAAGGUAAACAGACCAGUAACAGGAGGCAGGAGAAACAGUAUCUAAGUAAACUAGAUUCUUUUGAUACUGAGUCCCAUCAGCCAUCACGGAAAAGAGGUGAGACUAAUGGGAAAUCAACAAAUGCGUAUCAGUUAUUAUAUGAGGACCACUACAGACUUCCUGGAAAUGACAGUCGGUUGACGAAGGAGAUACGCAAAAAGGAAAUAAUACUACAAGAAAAGCUGUUAAAAACUGAAGAAGAACUGAGAAAGAUCCAGCUGAGGACUGGAUCUGGGAACAAGGUCAAAAGAGAGGAGAGGAUUAAAAACACAGAAAAAGCAGAAAAUAGGUUAUACUGUACUGAAAAAAGAAACUGGGACUGGGAGAGAGCCAUAGAAAGGGCCAAAGAAGGUAGAAGAAAUGAAGGACAGAGGGAGAGAGUCAGAGACUGGGGGAUGGGCAACAAAGAUGAUCUCGAAAGAUGGGGGAAUUACGAGAUAGAGAUGAAUGAGCGUUACACAGAGAGGAGAGAAGAAAUACAGCAGGAAAACAGGCGAAGAAAUACUCAGCGAACCACAGACUGUAAGAAUCAGAAAAAAGAGUGGGACCAUUAUGAGGAAAUGACAAAACAGAAAUGGGAAACAGCAAGAACAGAAAAAGACAAGACAAGGAGAGAAAGAGCAAUAGAAUGGGACAGGAGAGACUGGCAAGAGAAGGAGCAAAUGAUGCAAAGAGCAAAUGAUGGAGAAAAGAGGGGUGAAAGAGCAAAAUAUAAAACAGAUAUGGAGUAUGGAUGGAGUAUGGACAAGGAAUAUCAAGAGGAGCAAUGGAACAUAAUGGACACAUUCAAGUCAAAGUCACAUGUAAAAGCAUCCUCUAAGUAUGACAAAACAAAUGGGGAUACAGCAGAUCAGCAGGUGGCCCAAGAAAGACUGCAGCAGCUGAGUCUGAAGAUUGCAGAGGAGACAACAAGCAGCAUCAGAAAAGGUCAAUCCAAAGAACCAGCUCCUCAAUCUGCUCACCUCAACCAGAACAGUGCAAGGCUCAAGCAAGUCGAACUCAGGCCAGAAGUGGAUCCUAAUGCUCAUGUUCAGCUUGUACCCUGUAAAAUAUGCCACAGAUGCUUUGCAGAAAAUCGUCUGGAGAGACACAGCAGGAUUUGUGAGAAACAGCAGCAGUCCAAACGUAAAACCUUUGACUCUGCACAGUUCAGAGCCAAGGGCACCGACCUGGAGGUGUUCAUGAAGACAAACAGCAGGCCUAAGACACCAGAGGUCAAGAAGAACAACUGGCGUCAAAAGCAUGAGGCCUUAAUUCAUAACCUGCGCCAAGCUCGUGCUCCUGCACCAGGAGGGCUUCAGCCCCAGCCAAGUGCAGAUGUGAAUCCAGAUUAUGUAAGCUGUCCCCACUGUGGGAGACGCUUUGCUCCUGGUCCAGCAGAGAGACACAUUCCUAAGUGUCAGAACAUUAGGAGCAGACCUCCACCACCAAGGCAUCGUCAUUAAACAAGAUGGCAAGAUUAUGUUUUACAACAACUUUUAGACUUUUACAAUAGCUGUGUUUUAAUAAGUCAUCACUGCCAAUAAAAUGGAAAGUGAAUAUAACUGUAGAACGUAGCAGCUGCACCAAUAAUGAAAAUGUGAGUGCAAAAAUGAAAUGUGUUUAGUUGACUUUUACUUUACACUACUGAAACGUGUCAUAACGAUCUAUCAUCUAACAAGAUACAAUAAACUUUAA